CCAGUGGCAAAAAGAAACUUAGCAAGGCUGAACGACUGCAGUUACAGAAAGAAGAAGAAGAAAGGCGCCUGAAAGAGGAAGAGGAAGCCCGAGUGCAGGCUCAGCAAGAGCUUGCAGCAAGACUUGAGAAGGAGCGACUUGAACGAGAGCAGAUGGAAAGGCUUGAGGCAAAAGAUCAAGAACGAAGGGAGUCUGAACUUGCAGAACUUCAUUUGUUAGAAAAGAAGUUUUUGUAUGCAGAGCAGUGGAAAACAGAUUAUAGAGCACAUGCGAAGUGGGAACAUUACAUUGGUUGUGAUGGAAGUCCUGACCCAACAGUGCUACAGGAAAUAAAUACUUUCAUGAGCUUGUGGCGUGAAGAUCCAAAUGAGGACAUUCAGUUUGUGAUGGAGAAGGGACAGGAAGUGCUAAAUUUAAUUGAGAAGUUGCAGUUUCUUUUAUUGGACACACCACCAAAUGAGAUAACAGAGAAAGAAAGAGUUCAGUACCAGGGAACAAUUUUGGACUUGCAGAAUCUUCUUCACGAGAAGUACAAUGGAGCAACAGAGCGCCUGCUCAAAGCAGAUGAUAAUAUGUCUGAAGAUAAUGACAGUGGAAAUAUGCAGGUGGUCAUACAGGAUAAAAAUAUUACACUUUGUAUUUGGGCAAAUUUGAAGAAGAAUGUAAGGUUCAAAACCCACGUGUUUCCUGAGAUAAAGCAUGGAUUUGAUCUUCCAAAGUCGCUGGCAGUGAGCAGUGUUGCUGUGCGCAUCUUUCACACUCACUACGAUCACAUCUCUCCGCUUUGGCUGCAAUGCCAGCGUGUCCCAAAGCUGAAAGGCUCAGAUUACAGUGAAGCAACUGUGGAGUCGAAAGAAGAGGUAGAAGCAGCAGCAGAAGAGGAGCAGAAGGCUGAAGGAGAGCUCAGCGCACCCAUCGAGGAGGAAAUGCAACUGGAGAAGCUAAAGAGUGCUACCUCAUUCAAAGAAAAUAUUGAUAUAAAUGAAAAGACAGAAGAGGCAACUGAGAAGAAAUCAGGAAUCAUUGAUGUACCAUCACAAGUUCAGAUUCCAGCGGUGCUGGAAGAGACCAGCGAGGAAGAGGCGAAGGAGGUAACUGACGAGACCCUGGUUGACUUGCAGCAGUUUGUGCCCGUGGGGGGCGUGUACCACACGGCCGCGCUGCAGCUGCCGCCCCUGGCCAGAGAAGUCAAGAGCUGGAGGAUGGUGGAGGUGCUCGAAGGGGGAUUGGAAGCGUAUCCCUACCCCCUGGAAUCAGAGGAGACGGAAGAUGCUGCCCAUCCACCCAUAGAGAUCACGCUGAGGCUGCCUGACCACGUGCUCUAUUUUGAGGACCCUCUUGUAGCGCGCUGGGAUCCUGCAGGUCAACAGUGGCGAACAGAAGGCAUCAGCAACACAGUGUAUGAAAAAGAGGAGAGGAAAGUCCAUUUUGAGAUGGAUGCCUUUUAUACAAUAGCACUUCUCCAGGAUGCUCAUCUCCAUAUGCCUUAUCAGGCCUGGGAAUUGCGCCCUACUGGUACAGAUGAAUUAUUACUUAUAGUUACUACAGCCUUUGCAGAGGUUCAUAUACAAGUUAAGGAUCAUCAGUGCACCUUGACUUCAGUAGUGGUAGAAGAAAAGAAAGUACUUUCCCCCUUGACAGGAAAAUGGAUGAGUCCAGUUCACCUAACAGUAGUUUUGAAAAAGGCUGGUAUAAAUAUUUUCCCAGCAGAGUAUUCUCACAAGUAUGUCUGUGUGAACAAAAAGGCUCCCCUCGCAGAAGUUAAGGCGUAUCAACAGAUGGCACUUGUUGCAUCAGCUUUUGCUUUCAGUUGGAGCAAAUGGAAUCUGGAAUCAGGGGAAGAACAAAUAGUGCUUAAGGUAAGUGAGCAUCUUAAAGCAGAGGCUGUUGAAGAUGAAGACUGGUCUCUUUACAUGUUCAAUGGCCAGAGAGCACAGAGGCUCAAGAUCACUGAAGCUAGUGAGGCUUUUUCAGCAGAGCUAGAAGAUCACACUGAAUUUCACUCCACCCUCUACCAUAUGCUUAAAGACUUUGCCAGCAAUGCAGCAAUUGAUAAAGUCAAAACAGCUGGCUUCCUGUUCAUUGAUACUGUUUAUCAGCUGCUCCUUGCUACAAGAGUAUUAACAUACUCUUAAACAGACUCUUAAAUACUGCACAAAGUCCUUUAAAACUUUAUUAUCAAAAGCUUUCAAUAAAGUUACAUUUCAAAUCUUUAAUCCUUUCAUAUUCAAUACCUAUAGAAUAGCUUUAAUGAUGGAAAUGC